CGUGCAGAAGGUAGGUGAAAAUGUCACUGAACUACUGAUAUAAAGUAUAAACAAACCCCUUCAAAAACAAGCAUUUUUUAAUAACACAGAUAUUUUAGUUACCGUUCAGUUACAUGCUGAUUGCUGUGUAAAAUAUAUGUAAAACGUUCGAUAUGGCCACAACAUCAAGCGUUUUCAGAAAAGCGAGAACGAGCUCAAAAGUUGGAGCCAACUUUGAUCAGGAUGGCAACGAGAGAGAAGUGGAGACAAAGGAAGACGAAGAACAAGAAGUCAAGUUGAAUGAAAUCGUUGAUCUUCUUGUCGCAGCGGGUUAUUUUCGUGCGAGAAUUAAGGGACUGUCUUCAUUUGAUAAAGUGGUCGGUGGAAUGACGUGGUCUAUUUCAAAUUGCAGUUUUGAUGUAGACGUAGAUUUGCUAUUCCAGGAGAACUCAACAAUUGGGCAGAAAAUUUCCCUGACUGAAAAAAUUGUUAGUGUUUUACCAAAGAUGAACUGCCCGUAUCAGAUUGAGCCACAUCAGAUUCAAGGACAGGAUUUUAAAAGUAUUUUCCCGGUGAUCCAAUGGCUUGUGAAGAAAGUUAUUGAGACAAGAGAAGAAUCAGGCGAUCAUAUUCGAUCUUAUAGUAUCUCACAGUUUCAGAAGCAUUACAAGACACCAGAAGAUCUUGUGCUUGAAGAGAAAAAGGAUCAAAUGCUAGAUGCAGUUCGAACACUGAGGAAUGUGUAUCGGCCUGUUAGGAAAUACAAAAUAAAAGAUAAAAGUGCACUAGUUACAGAAGAAGCAAUAACAUCUGCUACAUUACUGGAAUAUGGGCAGAGAAGGUUAACAAAUUUUAGCCGAAGUUCAAAUCGGAGAAAGAAAUCGAAAGAAGAUGGAGAAGAGGAAGAAGAAGAUUUGAAUCAAGUCCUCCAUUCUGCUUUUACUAAAGUUAAGUCCGGUGAGGGGAAGAGCGAAGAAUUACAAGAGGAUGAAGAAGAGAUGAUCCAAAUUGCGCAAGAGAAGACUCUUCAAGAUCUCAUGGGAGAUAUGUCCGCAAUGAGUGGAAAGGAAAUUGAGGGAAAACUUGCAACCAGAAUUAUUGGGUCCAUUGUUGAGAUGCAGUCUAGUGAAAUACACGAGGUUUCGAAUAUGUUUAAGCAAAAAAAUAAAGAAAUGAGAAAAACUUUGGCUGUCAAAACUGUCACACCGAGGGAUUUACAUAAAACCAAGAUGGAGGCACUUGAAUCCCAACUUAAAGUGAAGCAAGACGAAAUGAAGUUGGUCAAAAGAGAAUUUCAAGAAAUAAAACAGAAAGAAGAAGAGGUGCAAAAGAAACUGGAUGCUGCAGUUAGAUACUAAAGCAAUAUUGAUGAAAAAAUAGAGGAGGUAAAACAUUUGGAAAAGAAUGCAGAUGAAGCUACUGUAGAAAUGCUUAGGAGUCUGGUGAUGAUGAAUGAGCAACUGAAAAGGCAAGAGGCGAUGUUUAAAGCGCAUUGUAAAGAGGAGGCCAUGAAUAUGAAAGAAGAAAUUAAACAUUUGCAAGCCAGGUCCGAAGAAGUAGCAUCAGUGGAUGAUGAAAAUGAAUCUGUCGUUAUGAUGCAGUUAAAAGGGGACCAGAAUAAACUGGCCAAGAUGAGAUUGCUUCUGGCUUCCAAAAACCGGUUGGCUGCCACACUAGCAAGGAAGAUUGAUGAGGUUCCGACAAGGGCCGAACUGACUCAGUAUCAGAAAAGAUUUGUGGAGCUUUAUGAUCAAAUAUCCCUGACUCACAAAGAGACAAAGCAAUUCUAUACAAUGUACAACACACUGGAAGACUCGCGGAGGUAUCUGGAGAAAGAAGUUGACUUGUUGGACUCGAUUUACGACAAUUUCUCAGCAGCCAAACAGUCACCAGACAACAUGCAGCAAUAUUUAAAGCAGUUUGAAAAAAUCGUUGAAGGAGUAAAAGGGAAUAAAAUAAAGGUCGAGAAGAAACGGCAAGAAGAAAAAAUGAAACGAAACGUGCUCCACGAUCGGUACACGGAGCUGGUGGAGAAACAUCGGGAAUAUGUGAAGACAAUCCAAAGCUUUCAAGAAGAAUGUCGGAAGAAUGAGAUUUUAAGGAGCAAAUUAAACUCAUAAAAUGCAGUAGGGUGGGGGAAGAUGGGACACCUUUACAUUCUAUCUUACUAUCACAUUAUUUGUAGUAAAUAAAAAACAUUCAAAAAAUUGAAAAAACGUAUUCCUACGACUUCCAUAGACCCUUGUUAAAAGUUUGUAAAAUCUGAUAAGGGUAUUAAUAUGUGUUAAAGGUGUCCCAUCUUACCCCACAGUAUAAUUUUUAUAUUUUUUAGACUGAUUUUCAUCUGAUUUGUUUUAUGUGCAAUAUUUAUCAUGCUGUUCUAGUUUAAAUACCUUAGAAGGGAAUUCUCGAUUUUGAAGUAUUUUAUGUUAAAAUCAUAUCAAUAAUAUGCUUAUUGACUGUUCUCAGCAUACUAUUUUUGGCAUAGGUGCAAAAUGACUACUGUCAAUUCCAAAAAUAUUAAAAGUAAAAACCCUAUUAAAGUUUCUUAUUUUCUAAUACUGAUAAAUUUGAUAAAAUUCAUUGGCCCAUGUAUUGCUGUAACUCGCAUAAUUCAUUACACUUUUAAUGCAUUAAUGAAUUUAAACAAAGUGAUAUUAUCAAAAAAUAAAAAAGUCAUAUAC